UGGCCAGUCACACACUGACUCGCAAGACUGAACGCCAAUGUGGUGCUUCGAAAAUGGAGGUGCAUCUUGCACAAGUAUCAAAGAACACCUUGAAUCUUGAAGUUAGGGAAAUUGAUGACGUCAUUGGGAAAGGUUUGUUUACAACUUCCAAAAUGAAAGCUGGUGAAUGCCUUGCCGAAUACAAGGGAGAAUUGAUAGACGGCAAAGAAGCAGAGAAACGAGAAGAACGCUAUCGAAGCAAUAAGCAUAGUUACCUCUAUCAUUUUUCCGAAAGUGGAGAAACAAUGUGCAUUGAUGCCACUAACCAUGAUGAACACAUAGCACGAUAUGCUAACGAUGAACCUCAAAAAACAGCUACAGCAUUUGUGAAGAAGACUCUUAUUCAUGGAGUUCCAUGUCUUCUGCUCUUUGCCAAGAAAGAUUUAUCUCCCAAUGUCGAGGUGCGUUAUGAUUAUGGCGACAAGGCAGCACCUUGGAGAGAAAAGGCUCCAGUCAUGCCAUUGGUGUAAGUGAUGAUGGGGAUAUGAGGCCUGGUACGUUGGUUUUUGCUUGUAUGCGAGAUGUCCCUGCGAGAUGUCCCUGCGGAUGUCCGGUGGCCCGUUUUAGUGUAUGAGGAAUCGGAGGAUAAAGGGAGGAUUCACAUUUAUUGCAACACUGAUAAAGCUGUCAUAAAAGUAAACGUCCGUGACAUUGUUCGACCAAACACAGAGAGUUGGAAUGGCCUAGAGGAG